CUGGUAGACCAGCUCAAGCAUUAUUCUGCGGCUCAACUCGAGCUUGGAGCGACAAUCCUAUCUUCAACUCCCACUUCUGUUUGGCGGGACUACCAUUAACUUGAACAAAAACGGAACUUGGAGACGAAGUAUUGGCAUUGAAUAUUCAAUUGAUGGCCGAAAAGGUGCAGACAUAGUAUUACAGCACGACGCUGUCCUUCUACGACUCCUACCUUCAAUCACGAUUGAAAUCGACCGACCAACAGACCGAAUUACAAUAUGGCUACUCCGACGCAGAUGAAGCAUGCGGCUUCUCAACAGGGUAGAACCCCUUCGCAACUUACAGCAGCGACCCCGCCGGUGUCCACGCCAUUUUCAGCAUCUCAAGCGCAUACGGCUUUCUCGCCGAGGGGACCUAAGUCGUCGCCUCAGCAGUUUAAGAAAUCGCCGGCGACCUCGACCACUUUGAUGGGCCACCCAGCUAAUGGCGCUCUAAACUUCGACAGUCCGUCCGCAGCAGCUGCUAUGGGCGCGCUUGGGAUCAGUGGUGGACUGGACAUGGGGCUCGACCAUGCCGGGAUCGCGGGCUUCGCAGGUUUGGGAGCAUUGGGCAGCGAGGACGACAAACUCAAGAGGUUUGAUACUGUCAUUGAAAUUCUCAGCUUGCAGAAGGCAACAGGUCGAGUCAGCGAAGCAGGCCUCGAACGACUUACGCUCCGAACUGGUCUUACUAGCAUGUGGGAUGAGCAUCGGUCGCCCGACGGCAGGAAAACAAAAAUGCUCGUCAUCGCCGGACAGGCUUUGACCAUUGAUAUCGAGCUGAACAACAAUAUCGUGGAGAAUGUCUCGCUGGGCUUUCCAGAAUCAGGACCGGUUGUCACAAGGCAUAAGGAUCAAGCUGGCAACAUCCUGCUUGAGGAUCUGCAACUUCGCACUGACCAGAGCCCGUUAACCAAGACGUUGAAAGCAUUCUCCACUAACCUUGAACGCCUGGCAACCCUCGACAAGCUGAGUGUCAUUCCGGGAGUUGACUGUCAAGAGGCUCUAGCUGGCAUCUUCGAGAGUCUUGAAAGACUCCACAAGUGGGAAAUGUCGAAGCUGCGGGAAGAUCCUGCCAUGAGCGGCAAGCCCGAACGUUUCCUCGAGACGACUGCCAUGUGCACUAAGAGCGGUCGUCCGAGGAUGCAUUCGAGGGGUAUGGUGGGAUUAAGCAUCGAGUAUUGGACGGAGAGACGCCAUGUCAUCCCCAAAGCACCAGAGACGACGCGCUACUGCGAGAACAUGGAGAAGGCCUGGUCGAUUCUCAUAGGCUGCAAGGCGUUGGAUGGUGAAAUGUUCCCUCCCGUCAGGGUGUCUGAGAAUUGGAUUUCUCAAAAGGUCGAGAAGACCGAGCCUGGACCCGAGGAUCUUCUCGUUGCAGCUUCUGGGCCGGCUCUUGACUGGCUGGAACCGGAGCCUACAACGCUGCCACAGACGGACGACAAUAAGGAUUCGGGCAUCGACGUGGUGCAGGCGGAUGGCACGACGCACAAAUACCCGAACGUCAAGUUUGUCGCGACACUCACCCCCUCAGUCAUCGUGCCGCAGUCGGCAUGGAACACACUACACACCCUCACAGGAGCUCAGGCCCAGCCCAUGCCUCUGCCGACCUACACGUUUGAUAGCAUAUCAUUCCCAAUACCCGAAGGAAGUCACCAUGAUGCAAGCGAGCUUAGAGUCAUCUCUUGCAAGAGGAGAGUUCCGAUUCCGAGCAAUGAUAGCACCGUCUCAUCCCGGAAACACAAGAACACGCUGCUUAUCUACAAACCAGUGUAUGGACAAACAGUCACCGAACUUUCGUUCUCGCACCCACGGCAGCUGGUGGCAAUGCUGCCCAUCCUUCGCCAGUAUGCGCUGAUCUCAACGUUGUUGGAGAGAAGCUUCGGGUCUGACAUCUCUGGCGAGGCUUUACCCGAGGUUCAUGAAAACAUCACAAUGAGUGAUACGACAACGACGCAGGCCGAAUACGAGAGAUUCAUGUCCAAGAGCUAUGACGACAACGAGCAGGAACUUACUCUCGACGUGGUGCUGACUGUUCAUCCCUCUGCUGGUUUGCAUGUCGUCUUUCCCUUCCGCGGCGCAACCGCCAACGUGGACCUGCAAAUUCAGCAGAAUGGAGUGGUACAUGUCGUGUCACAAAACAUCGUGCCGGUCGACGGUAGCGAGGCGGCGGAGGCUGGCAAGGGGAACGGCAAGCAGUUUACACCGCAGGACUUGGGCAGGUUGCUUGAGGUGAUGGAGGACCUCUGCUCCUGGGCAGAAUGGAUCCGAAAGAACCUGUCGUAAGCUAUGCUCUGCCGAGAUGGACGAUCGAUCGAUCGACCUCUUUGAUCACAUAAGACCCAUGACCGGUAGAAGCAUAUGACGUCUGGACAGGUUUUUGGGUUCUUUGUUUUUGUUCUGUACAAUUGAUACCCAGGCAG